AUGAUUGAUAAAUCAAAACCAAUUACGUCUAAUUAUUUAUUAACUCGUUGUUUUAAUCAAGUACCAUUAAUUCCGAAAUCAGCUUUAACACCAACAAGUGAAUUAGAUAAUUACAUGUCAUUAGAGAUACAACUUCGUGAAGAUGAUGAUGUACUAUUUUUUUGGAAAGGAAAUACGGAAUUAUUUCCAAUGUUAUCAUCAAUGAUAGUGUUUAAAAAUAUGAAUCUUUCAUCAAAUCCUUUGAUAAUUGUCAGUGUUCUGUUGGUGCUUGUAUUGAACCUUGCAUUUACAGAUGCUGCUGGAUUAAUCAAUGAUGACUCCAUGACUAAAAGUACAGAAAGCGACGAAAUAUUACUAAACAAACAGGAUGUAGAAAAAGCAGCGGCACAUAAAUUCAUCUCACGACCAUCUCGUCGUCAACAUCUUAGAUUCGGCGUACUCGGUAAACGUUAUUCUUAUGGCUAUUUGGGCAGACGAUCGGACGAGGCACAAACUGAUAGUAAUCUUGCAGAUUGGUUAUAUGAAGUACGAGAGAGACGUGCUGGCCGCCCACAAUAUGGAAUAUUGGGCUGA